CUCGUCAUUGGCGCUCCUUUUCGGUACUUGCAUCUCCUCCGGGCCUCAUUCUCGACUCUCAUCCGCCCUACCAUCCGCCGCCUUGUACACCCUUCAGCUGUGCCGGACCAUUCUCCUGAGAAGCAGUCACAGAUAGAGUGUCUCAGUGUCUCUCACUUCUUCGAGGACAAAUCACUUUGAACACCUCAUCCACUCCCAUCAGUCUCAAAGGGGGCAGCAUCAAGUCUAGCCUAGCUCAUUCUCCGCUUGGCCACGUCGUGUCUCUUCAUCUCUCUCCAUCUCCUCCAUCUCCUCCAUCUCCUCCGACAUGAGCUUCCACACCGUCUACAUCCGCCAGGCAGACGAUAGCUCGAGCUCCUCAGGCGGCGGCGGAAGUGGGGCUACAACCACUGAUAGUGGCGGGAAUGGCAGUGGAGGCAACACUGGUACCACCACCACCGCUGACAAUGGUGGAGGAUCCGGAUCGGGCACUACCACGGCUGGCAGUGGUGGUGGCAAUGGUGGAUCAACCUACACCACGACCUCGACCGCAGACUCCGGCAACGAUGACACCAGCACAGCCGCUUCUACUCGAGCCACCGGCAGGAGCACAGCCAGUGCAUCCACUGUCACUGAGACGGUCGUCAGCUCUCAGAGUGUCGUGACUGCCACUUCGGGUACCUCCAUCGUCCGCUCCACUGCGACCUUGCCCGGCACUCAGACCAACGUUGUCGUCGUGACACAGUCCGCCGGUUCGAGCGGCAGCGAUGGCAGCGGAAAUGGCACAGCCUCCAAUGAUACUUCCUCUGGCGGCUCUUCCAAUGCCGGCCUCAUCGGCGGUGUCGUAGGAGGUGUGGUCGGAGGUCUGGCGCUACUCACUCUACUCGCCGCCAUUCUGUUUCUCUGGAAGCGUAGGAGGGCUAGGACCGGUCAUGGCUAUUUCCUCUGCCUCGGUACUCGCCCUCUCUCGGACAAGGAAAUUGACUGGACCGACUUUGAUCCUGCAGCACCUAGCGGCACAGCUGGGGGUGCUGCUGCCGGAGCAGGAGCGGCCGGCGCUGCUGGUGGAAGGAGAAAUCGGAGGGAUCCCACCACCGGAGCUACCUUGCCUGCUGGCUUCGAUGAUGACGACCCAGAGAAUUACGGCGAUGACAACAACCCUGAGAUGAGUCAAUACGGCGGCGCUGCUGGAGUGGCUGGCGCUGGUGCAGCCGGAUACUAUGCCGGUCAUCACAACAACUCGGACGACAGCAGCCCACCGCAGACUUCGUGGAAUGCUUAUCCCAAUGGCGGACCCAACAAUGGCAAUGGUUCUUCUCUCGCAGGAGCUGGUGGCGCCGGAGCCAACCAGCCUUCCUACGCCCAUUUGGACCCACCCGAAGUGAGGGAGCAACGCGCAAGGGAGCAGGCAGCUCUCUCCGCUGCCGGCUCUGCCCUGGGUGGUGGAAGUGCAGCAGCAGCCUAUUCUCAGUCAGGCCACUCGGGCAGCUACCACCAGCACCACCCUUCUCUCGUACCUGGCAUCUCCUCGACUGGCUCGCCAACCGAAGACAUGGGAGGUGCUGGUCGUCGUCCCUCUUCUGGCUCCAUGAACAACAUGUUCAACGGCGGGUACGGAUAUGGAGCUGCUCCUCCACCGGCGUACUUUGAUGCUCCUGGUCAGCAACAACAAGGGCAGAGGUACCCUGCCACUUCUUCACAAGCUCACAGCGGAGCUGGAGGAGGAGGAGGCAGCGGUACCGAUGGGUACGGACACGGCUCUGGCGCUGGCGCUGGUAGUGCCGUUGGAACCGGUCUGAGCAGUGGAGACUACGAUGACGAUGAUGAAAUUGCACGAGACUAUCUAGCUGCUACUGGCGCUGGAGGCGGAAGUGGAUCAGCUGGAGGCAGGCUCAUGCUCUCAAAUCCAGACGAUGCAGAUGAGGAUGAAGACGAUGGAGCCGCUGCUGCUGCUAGACAGGCAGCUGGUUCUGGAAAGGAUUCGGCGCCUAGUGGCGGUACAUGGAGGGCGGUUUAAACAAGUUGUAUAGAAGGCACGCACGCAAGCAAAAAGAUUUGGACAGCACUUUUUUUGGUUCCCUGAAUUCUCUUCAGACAUUCACUUUUCCACCUUUGUUCUUUUUCUUUCCCUUCUCCUUUCCUGGUAUUCCGGUUCUUCUUUUCAGAAGAGUCGCACUCCCUUUCAAUGGAAAACCCCUUUUGUAGCAUGU